CAGGGAUGCGCAACCGGACACACUAUAUGACGUGGAAGCCUCACCACCCCUUUCAUACUUUUUUGGGUUUUUUUCCUUCUUUAUUGUUUCAAACCCAAUUCCUAAUUUGCUACUCUUCUUUCUAUCUUCAUCAGCUCUAACAGCACUCCUAUGUCACGGACUUAGGUAUUUCCAAACAGAAGCUUCAACCAUUUUCACAGCUAUAUUUGUUAUUUUUAAGGCUUUAACUUAGACAAAUAGGUUUUUUUUGGUUUCCAACGAGAAUUCAGGAGUCGGGAUAGGAUUUCGGUGGCGUUUCCCCCCCUAAAUUUCUGGGUGUAAUAGUAACUGUAACAACCGGAGGGAUUCUAUUGCGGGGAUUUGUGGUGUCAUCUUAUUAACAACAACAAUAUGGCCUCUCAAUUCCAUCCUCACAACCAUGCUCUCGAAGAAAUGAUUAGGAACCUCAAGGUUGAUCCUUGUAGUCAACUGGGUGGUCCUCCAAAGGAAGGAAGCCCAUCUGAUGCAACAUCAUCUGGAGAAGCAACAGGAAGUGUUAAAGAAAGUGAAGUGGAUCAAGAGUCCUUGACAACAGAACCACCACCAGUCAUGCCUCCUCACACACCAUCAUAUUAUGGAUACUACUAUCCAGGUUUUGAUGGUUCCUUUGCUGAAUUGGAUGACCAAGGACUGCCUUUGGAGAUUCAGUAUCCUGUCAUGCAAGCAGAUAAUGGAUCUCUCCUUUACUUCACACCAGGAUUCCAACCUGGUUACAGCCUCUACAGCCCCGUUGUACCUGUAGCCACGAUUGGUGUUGAUGGACAGUAUGCUGGUCAACACCCAUAUCCGCCAAGCACUGUGUUUGCACCAGCUAUUGCCUCCCCUGGAUAUAUUCCAACCCCUCUCCCCUAUGGGUCAGAGUUGUUGCCAUCAUCUUACUUGUGGGAUCCAUCUUUUCUAGUUGGAGAUGGAGCAUAUGGAAGUGGUUAUAUUGGAGUUCCAGAUAUUGCAGACUCCAAACAAAAUUUAUCCUCCCCCAGUCAUCCUCGUAAUCCUCCCUCAAAAUCCUUUUCGCAUUCUGAGUUCAACAGUCCAUUAGAAGUUAAAGGCAGCUCACCAUCAUCAGUUCAUGGCAUGCGCAGUCAAUUCAAAUCAGCAAACAAGGCCUCCCAAUAUGGUUCACCUUUCCAACCAGAUGAUGCUCUGGGCAAGGGUUACUUUCCGAUUGCAAAACUUCAAUCCUAUAACCAGGGAAAGGGUGGAUUACUCUAUCCCAACAGCCCUGUUAAUCUAAAAGCAAAUAGUAGGGGUUGGGUUAGCACAGAAAAGCUGAAAAUGAGAAGCAAGGCUAAUGGUAUUAGUGAUUUUGGGGUGCUUGAGCAGAACCAUGGUCCCAGAACAGCCAGUGCCAAGGGUGCUUUGGUGUCUGGAGGUAAUGAUGCUGGAUCUCUUUCUGCUGAUGGGAAUGGAAAGAAUAACUGCAUAGCCUCGUUGAUCAGGAGGGAUCAAUAUAACCUUCCUGACUUUCCGACUAAAUAUGAUCACGCAUUCUUCUUUGUCAUCAAAUCUUAUAGUGAAGAUGAUAUUCAUAAAAGCAUCAAGUAUAAUGUGUGGGCUAGUACUCCGAAUGGCAAUAAGAGGUUGGACGGUGCAUAUCAGGAAGCAAAGGAAAGGAUGGGAGAGAGAGGCAGCAAGUGUCCCGUGUUUCUUUUCUUUUCGGUUAAUGCAAGUGGGCAGUUCUGUGGAGUAGCUGAGAUGAUUGGCCGAGUUGAUUUCAACAAGAACAUGGACUUCUGGCAACAGGAUAAGUGGAAUGGAUUUUUCCCUGUCAAGUGGCACAUCAUAAAAGAUGUUCCAAACCCACAGUUGCGGCAUAUAAUACUUGAGAACAACGACAACAAGCCUGUGACCAAUAGCAGAGACACACAGGAGGUGAGAUUUCCUCAGGGGAUCGAAAUCUUGAACAUUUUUAAGAACUAUGUGUCAAAGACAUCUAUAUUGGACGACUUCGAUUUUUAUGAAAGCCGCCAAAAGGUGAUGCAAGACAAGAAAAUCAAGCCAUCUAUGCCACAUUUUGAUCAUCUACAGAAAGCAGAAGACGUGAUCACUGGUUUUCAGGCGGUGGAUCUGUCUGCUGUGGAGAAGAUUGAAGAACCUCAGGUGGGAGACAAAGCAAAGGAAUGAAAGAAAUUAAUCCGACUGAUGGAUUUACUGAAGCUACUGCAGCAGCAACAUGAGAAGAAGUUGAAAGUUGGGGAGACGGCUGAAUUGCUGCUGACGCUGAUGCCACUUUGAGUGGAAUAAGAGUGAAAACAUUCAUAAAGAGAAAAAAAAAAAAAAAAAAACAGAAAAGUGAGAAGAUAUUUAGUGGGGUUUAUGAAGGAAGAAGAUGACUAAUCAUUUGGCUGGAGAAAUGGUGGCUAGGCAUGUCAAGGCUAGUUGUUUGUAUACCAUAAAAUAAAAAAAUGGAAAAAAAAAAAAAAGAAAAAAAGAAAAAAAGAAAAAAGAAAAAGAAUCAUGGAUGCCUCCACUAAAUGUGAUGGUAAGCAGGAGUAACCCAAUCCAAGUAUGUUCUCAUUUCAUAGUGUGUAUCCAUCUCGAUCCUUUUCCUUUUCUUUUAGUUCUCACAUUCACAUAACCUGAUUUGAUAUGAAGAAAUGUGGUUGUAAAGGGGUGGGGGGUGGGUGGCUUUGUCUUUUGUAUAUCUCCUAGUCAUAGGAGCGUGUGUGUGUUCCAGGCUGCAGGAGGGAAGGUGAUAAGUUUCUUUAAAGCUGGGGGUCCCUUCUCUUUUGUCCACUUGUUUUUAGGUGGAAGGACAGUAAAGGCUGAAAUGGGAAAUAAAAAAUAUACAAGAAAGAAACAGAAUCUCUAAGCUUUUCAUUCAUUAAUAAUU